AUGGUACUGCAGGUCACAGUUCCCCAGAAGUUGCUCUCAAAAGGAGCUGGAGAGACGGACACGGUGUCCUACGGCCUCAGGAUCGAGGGGAAGCCGUACACCAUCCACCUGCAGCAGCAGUACUUUUUACCUGAUGAUUUCAGGAUCUACACGUACGAUGAGGAGGGCUCCUUGCACUCUCACUGGCCCCGUGUCAAGGCAGGCUGCCACUACCAGGGGCACAUCGCGGGCUUCCCCAGCUCGGCCGUGACCCUCAGCACCUGCUCGGGGCUCAGGGGCCUGCUGCAGUUUGAGAACGUCAGCUACGGGAUCGAGCCCCGGGCUUCUUCUCCUGCCUUCGAGCACUUUGUGUAUCGAGUGAGUGAGAAGCAGGUGGCAGGUUCCCUGCUGGCCAACGGCCCCACUGCCCGGGGGCUGGGCGACCUGGUGCCGGAGGAGGUGGCCAAGAAAGCUCCUGGGGCUGAGCAGUACAACUACCUGGGUGCAGAUGAAGAAGUUGUGACACAGACCAUGUUUGAGGUUUUCAGCUUGCUCAGCAGUAUGUUCAGGUCUCUUAAUCUCACAGUGACGCUGUCCUCCAUGGAGGUCUGGAUGGAUAAAGGCACCUUUAGGACAACAGGGGAUGGAGAAGAAGUGCUGGGGCGGCUGCUGAAGUGGAGGCAGACCAGCCCUGUCCUGCAGCCCCACGAAGUGCCCUAUCUGCUCCUGCCUUUCAAGCCCAAGAACGCCCUGUGCCGCCCCGCGGCCGACCUGCACUGUGACCUGCCCGAGUUCUGCAACGGCUCCUCGGCGUCCUGCCCCCCCGACCUGUACGUGCAGGACGGGCACAACUGCCUGUGCGUUGGACAAAUGCUGCACUCCCCAGUGUACCUUCAGAGAAGGAGUGAAUUGCACCGUGGGAUUAUGUUGUGCAAAUUGCCAGGUAAGUUCAAGCCCAAGAACGCCCUGUGCCGCCCCGCGGCCGACCUGCACUGUGACCUGCCCGAGUUCUGCAACGGCUCCUCGGCGUCCUGCCCCCCCGACCUGUACGUGCAGGACGGGCACAACUGUGAGCACAGCAGCGGGUACUGCUACCAGGGACGCUGCCGCUCUCCAGACCUGCAGUGCCGGCAGCUGUGCGGCAAAGGUUCAAGAAAUGCUCCUUUGAUCUGUUAUCAAGAAGUCAACAUGCAAGGGGAUAGGUUUGGCCACUGUGGCCGCCACCCAUCACGUGGAUAUCAGCGCUGUAGCUGGGAGUCUGUGGGCUGUGGAAAGUUAGUAUGUUCAUACCCGGGUGCUGUUCCCUUCACCAAAGCCAAGGUUGCUGUAAUCUAUGUUCGAGUGGCAGACCAUCUGUGCCUGUCUUUCGAUUUUAUGCAAGGACCCAAGGUGCAAGAUCCUCUCCUGAUGAAAGAUGGCACAAAAUGUGGCCAUGAGAUGGUUUGUAUGAAUGGUACCUGCCACCCACAUUCCAUUUUGAACUAUGACUGCAACGUACAGAAAAAAUGCCAUGGGCAUGGAGUGUGCAACAACAAGAAGAACUGCCACUGCCUGCCGGGCUGGAGCCCCCCUUCGUGUGAGACCCGAGGGUCCUCCGUGGGCGGCAGCAUCAACAGCCCGCCGGACGCAGAUGAUGUCACCGAACAGUCUCUCCUGGUCGUGUUGAAGAACUCGCUGCUCCUGAGCUUCAGCAGUGUCUUCCUGAUCCUGCUGUGUGGCGGCGGCGCCGUUGCAAAGUGGAGCUGGCUGAAAAAAUACUGUGCAAGGAGGGAUUCACAAGCAGAGAGCUCCGAGGAGGGCGGUAACGUCCGGGAGACAGAGUUGGAGUCAGACAGGGAGUCAAGCCUGGAGCUGCAGAAAGCGCAGAAGCCGCAGAACAAGCCGUAA